GAUUGUUUGGCUAUGACAAGUGGUGAUACAGGUGAAGACGAUGAUGCUGCGACUCGGGCCUUUUGCCAUGAUAAUUUUGUCUUUCUGUUUCCUUGCUUACCUCUUACUUUUUCCUGUCUACGAUUCUAUCCCCCUCUCCUCCUUCCUGUUCCUUCCCUUUCCUUUUCUCCCCUUCUCUUAUUCUCAUCACCUUUUCUCUACUUCUGACUUGCGCGGUUGUGCUGACAAAUAUACUUUGGUCUUUCGCAGUACUUCUGGGUUCCCCAAGCCAAAACGAAUUCUCGCUGUCCUCUUACCGGGAUACGCCGUUGCUUAUACUUCUCGCGGACAAUUGUUAUAACCUGCCGUUAUGUCCUACUACGGCGACUCGCAGUGGCCCGCCGGCACCCAACCCGCCGGCGCUUGGGACCACCAGACACCCCCGACACGAUCUGGCGCGAGCUCCGCUAUACCGCGAGAGGAAACUUCUGCCUUCUGGUAUCAGUUCGAGGAGGUGGAACGAGCCAUCGAGAACCUGGUCAAGAGCGGCAAGAUGUUUGGUGUGCCUGGGGCUAGACACCCUCGCAACUCUGGCGGCCCCCAGCGACCACACUCGGUCGAGUUCGACGGCCGGCCCGGACACCCCUCGUCCAACCUCCAGAAUUUCUACGCCUCCCAGCGACACCAGUCUUCGCGCGGCUCCAACGAGGCGGAACAGAUGAUGCAGCACAAGAGGAGGAUGGCAGCUCAGCGGGAGCGGGAGCUGCGCAAUUACCACCAGGAGCAGCAAUUCAACCGAAUACUUAUCAAUUCUGCCAAUCCCGUCCGGCCUGAUCGAAACCUUAGCCCCGGCAACCUGUCUGAGGAAGCCCGCCGUGAGCUGAUUGCUCGCCAGCGGAGCGCCCUGUACGGAGAGGGUCCCUUUGCCGACACAGGUGGCUACAUCGACGAGACGGGCGCGCCGCGACAGGGUCUGCCCGCCACUCACCAUGGCGGUUCCGCCAGCCUGCGAGGCCCCUCGCCCCUGGCCUACGAAUACAGCCGCAACGCGCCAGCCCAUCCUGAUGUCGGCGCCCAGUCUUCUGCCGACCCGGCCUCGGGCGGCGCCCAGCAGCCCUCGCGGACGAGCAGCAAUGCCAGCCCGCAGUCUAACCCAGGCCCCAAGGGCCCGCUGGAGCAGACGACUCGCACCAGCAACUCAUCGCCCGGCGGCGGAUCUCCUCAGAAUGCGAAGCCUCCUGCUGGCAAGACUGUGGCGCCUAUCGGCACCCGACCCUCUGGGCCCUCUUCGAACCAGGGCCCUGCCAAACACGCUCCUGGAGCCAACGAGGCGGCUGGUAACAGCACCUCGACCGGCCCGGUCAACACGUCGUCCACGACCACGUCAGGUGAGGGCUCCACGCCGCUGGGCAACUGGGGCCAGAGGGGCGGUCCCUGGGGUCCCAAGACGCAGACAAGUGUCUGGGGUUAG